AUGGCUUCGGGCGACCUGCUCGAAGGCCCCUCCCGAGGCAGGAAGGCGAGGAGGCGGAGGAGCCCGGCCAAGAUGUGGCAGGCGGCGGCGGCGGGGGGAGCGCCCACCAUGGCCGGCCACAUCCUGGAGGUGGUGGCGUCAUCCCGGGAGCGCCGCGGCCUCUCGCUGGCCGGCGUCAAGAAGGCGCUGUCGGCCGCCGGCUACGAUGUGCCGCGGAUCAACUCGCGGGUGAACCAGGCGGUCCGGAGCCUGGUCGCCGAGGGUUCGCUGCUGCAGACGGCGGGCGCCGGGGCCUCGGGCCCCUUCAAGGUCAACCGGCAGCAGCUGGAGGGCCAGAGCCGCCCGGCCGCCGCCCCCGCCCCCGCCCCCACCCGCAAAGCCCGGGGCCGGCAGGGGAGAGCGGCCGCCGGCCGCAAAGGGAAGGUGAAGAGGAGCCCGGCCCGGGUGAAGGAGAAGGAGAAGCCGGGCGGCCGGAGGAAGGGCGGCGCCGGCCCGAGGAAAGUCUCCAAGGGGAGCGGCGUCCGGAGGCCGCGCGGGCGGCCCCGCAAAGCGGCCGAGGAGCCGGCGCCGGGCGCGGAUCCGGCCGCCGGGGAGGAAGGCGAACCAGAGGCCGGAGCUGGGAACGUCCCCGAGGGGAACCGGCCGAGGGGCAAAACGGUGAAGGAGGGAAAAUAA